AUGGACCAGCAGGCCAAACCGCAGCUCCCCGCUGCCAGCGCCAAUGCCCGCGCCAACCCCUUUGCCUACCAGUCAAAAUACCUCGAGCGAUCCUCGUCCCGCAGCAGCACCGCUUCCAACUUCUCGCUCGCCAACCCGCUCGACUCGACGGCCAAGCUGCCCGGUGCCACGGGCCUGCACCACUCGGGCUCCAUCCGCAAGUUCCCCAUGCCCCACCGCCACACUGCCUCUCUCGACCCCGCCAGGACCGCAGAGCUGCGCAACGGCGCACACGGCAUCGCCGCCUCGGGUGCACACUUUGGAUCCAACGGCAGCAUCGCCAGCUCCUCGUCCAACGGCUCCUCCGCCUCGCCCUCACAGGUCAGCCCGGCCACCUUCAGCCGCGCAUCGUUCGCCUCGGCCCCGCGCCCCGCCGCUGCCACCUCGAGCGCCAGCAGCCGGCCCUUUUCGAUGCCACCUGCCCCCCACGAUUCUUCUCGCUCCUCGACCCCGACCGGGAGGAGACCAGGCUCGCCCACAAAGACACCCUUCGACCGCGCCGGCUCCCCCACAAAGGACUAUGGAAGCCCUCACACUUCGCCCAAAAAGGACGACUCGUCCUGGAUCCAGUCCCCCGGCACGCCCACCACCGGCAGCUUCUGGAGCUCCUCGACGUCGACCUCGGCCGCCCACCACCAUGGCCCGUCCCAGCUCCAUCUCGGCGGCGUCAAGGACCUCAAGCGGUCCAGCGUCGGUGCCCUGCAGCUGAUGCGCGACUUUACCGCCAAGACCGAGGGUGUGUCGCCCGUCGCCAACGCCGCGGGCCACACCCGGAUGACCGUCGGCCGCGCAAAGGGACACCGCACGAUGAGCAUCGACGGGGCCAUGGGGGGCUCGCCGCACCUGCCCCCUCUCGCCACAAACGGCGCUCGUUCCGGGCUAGAGUCGACCGACGAGGAGUGGAAGAAGCCCGCCCGCCCCGGGCGGAUGGAAAGCGAGGACCAGGAGGGCGAGAUUGUGCUGCCGGGCAUCACCACCGGCGCCGAGGACGUGGCCGGCCUCUCGGGCAGGAUCCGGCUGGCCAGGCAGGGCGGCGGAGGGACCAUGGCGCUUGGUCGCUCGUCGGCCACAUCGUCGCUCCCCUUUUCGACGGGCAGCAAGUGGAUGGACACGCAGCGCCACCUGCUCCAGGCGUACGAGUACCUCUGCCACUGCGGCGAGGCAAAGGAGUGGAUGGAGCACUGCGUCGAAGAGGAGCUGGGCCACGUCGUCGACAUGGAAAACGAGAUGCGUGACGGCAUCUUCCUUGCAAAGCUCGCCAAGAAGUUUGAGCCGGACUGCGUGCCCCGCAUCUUCAUCCACCCCAAGCUCCAGUACCGCCACACCGACAACAUCAACCACUUCUUCGCCUUCAUUGCCAAGGUUGGACUGCCCCACUUUUUCCACUUUGAGCUGACGGACCUCUACGAGAAGAAAAACUUUCCAAAGGUCGUCUACUGCAUCCACGCCCUCAGCCACGUCCUCGCGCGGCAAGGGCGCUCGCUCAAGGUCGGCAACCUCAUCGGCAAGCUCGAGUUCACCGACGACCAGCUGCAGCAGACGCAAAAGGGCCUCGAUGCGGCCGGCGUCGCGAUGCCCAGCUUCGGCGGCGUCGGCAAGGCGCUGGCAAAGGAGAUGAACGUCGAGCCGGAACCGGAGCCGGAGACGGAGCAGGAGCGCGUCGACCGCGAGCUCGCCGAGAACGCCGACGCCGUGCUGGCGCUCCAGACCGCCUGCCGCUCCUUCCUCGCCCGGCUCGACUUUGCCGACCGCCUCCAGGUCGAGAUCCAGAGGCGCCGCGACGAGGAGGAGCGACGGCUCGCCGCCGAGGCCGAAGCACGUCGCCUGGCCGAGGAGGAGGAGGAGCGGCGCCGGAUCGCAGAGGCCAAGGCUGCCGAGGCGCGGCGGAUCGCAGAGGCCGAAGAGGCUGAGAGGCGGCGGAUCGCAGAGGCCGAGGAAGCCGAGAGGCGACGGCUCGCCGAAGAGGAGAGGAUCAAGGCGGCGUGGGCGCCCGUUGUGCAGGCGCAGAUCCGCGGCGUGCUGGUGCGGCGGGCCCACCAUCGCAAGGAGGCGGCGCUGCGGACGAGCACGCGGACGUACGUCGGCAUCCAGGCCAUGGUGCGGGCCAGGCUCGCGCGACAGGCGCACGCCGAGAGGGUCAAGGAGAUCCACGACGACCGCAACCACGCCGCCAUCGAGCGCUUCCAGGCGCGGGCCCGGGGCGCGCUGCUGCGGAAGCGCUUCUACCAAAACAUCAGCGCGCUCGACCAGCACGAGGCCGGCGUCACGGGCGUGCAGGCGCAGAUCCGCGGCGCGCUGGCGAGGAGAGAGUACGAGGACCGGAUCAUGCGGCUGGCCGAGUCGACCGAGGACGUCAUCAAGCUGCAGGCGGCGUGCCGGGCGGUGCUGGCCAAGCAGAAGCUGCUCGGGACGAUCCGGGGCCUGCGGUCGUCGGAGGACGCCAUCGCCCAGUUCCAGGCCCACGUGCGCGGGCUGCUGGCGCGGCGCAACCACCGGCAGAUGCGUUCGGCGCUGCACAAGGUCGAGGUCAAGCAGGCCGUCGGCGGGCUGCAGUCCUUCGCGCGUGCGGCGCUGGCGCGGAGGAAGCACAAGGAGCAGAAGAAGCAGCUCGACUUUGUCACGCCCGACGUGGUGGGCAUCCAGGCGGCGAUCCGGGGCAUGCUGGUGCGUCAGGAGUACGACUGGUGGCGGAGCCACCUGGUGCAGAGCGAGCCCGUGGCGGUCCACCUCCAGUCGCUGGUGCGCGGCCUGCUGAGCCGGCGCAAGUACUUUGCGCGCCUGCGGCACUACCACGAGCACCUCGACAAGGUGGUCAAGAUCCAGAGCCUCUUCCGCGGCAAGCAGCAGGGCGAGCAGUACCGCAGCCUGACGAUGGGCAAGAACGUGCCCGUCGGCACCAUCAAAAACUUUGGCCACCUGCUCAACGACAGCGACCACGACUUCGAGGACGAGAUCGAGGUCGAGCGGCUGCGCAAGCUCGUCGUCCGCAGCAUCCGCGAGAACCAGACGCUCGAGCACGACGUGUCGGAGUUGGACACCAAGAUCGCCCUGCUGGUCAAGAACAAGAUCGGCAUCGAGGAGCUCAUCAAGGCCAAGAACGAGCGCGGACUGCUGGGCCAGCGCGACGCGGCGGCCGCCAUCCAGAGGCGCAACUCGGUCCUCGUCGCUGCCGGCGACCCCUUUGCCGACCAGGCGCUCGACCGGGCCGCCCGGCGCAAGCUCGAGCUGUACCAGGAGCUCUUCUACACGCUGCAGACGCGGCCAGAGUACCUGGCGCGGCUGUUUGCGCGCGUCGGCAAGCUCGAGAUGUCGGACAAGCACAAGCGGCAGGUGGAGAAGAUCGUCCUGACCCUCUUUGGCUACGCGCAAAAGGCGCGCGAAGAGUACCUGCUGCUCAAGCUCUUCCAGCGCUGCGUCGCCGAGGAGCUGACGUUCGUCGGCACGACGCAGGAGUUCAUCCGCGGCAACGCCCAGUUCAUCAAGCUCGUCGUCCAGUACAACCGCGGCGCAAAGGAGCGCAAGUACCUGCGCGACCUGCUGGCGCCGCUGGUGCGCGGCAUCAUGGACGACGACGCCCUCGACCUCGAGACGGACCCGUGCGCCAUCUACCGCGCCACGAUCAACGAGGAGGAGAUGCAGACGGGCCAGGCGAGCAAGCGGCCGCUCGACGUCACGUUUCACGAGGCGCUGGCCGACCCGGCGGCGCGCACCAUCUUUAUCCGCCACCUCCAGGCGCUGCGCGGCACCACUGAGGCGUUCCUCGGCGCCAUUCUGGGCUCGGCGCGCAAGAUGCCGUUUGGCAUCCGCUACAUUGCGCGCGAGGUGUUCCGGGCGCUGCAGACCAAGUUCCCCAACGAGUCCGAGGACGCGCUGAUCAAGGUCGUCGGCCACCUGGUCUACUACCGCUACCUCAACCCGGCCAUUGUGGCGCCCGAGGGCUUCGACGUCAUCGAGACGCUCGUCGGCCCCGUGCAGCGCAAGAACCUGGCCGAGGUGUCCAAGAUGCUGACCCAGAUCGCGGCGGGCAAGCUCUUCUCCGAGGACAACCCGUAUCUGCAGCCGCUCAACGAGUACGUGUCGCAGGCGACCGAGCGCUUCUCCAAGUGGCUGUUUGCCGUCAUCGACUGCAACGACGCCGAGCUGCAGUUUAGCGCCGACGAGUUCCUCGACCACACCAACCAGCAGAAGCCCGUCAUCUACAUUUCGCCCAACGAGAUUUACUCGAUGCACCUGCUGCUGCGCGACCAGGUCGACCACCUGGCGCCGCUGGCCGAGGAUCCGCUGCGCGUCAUCCUGUCGGAGCUGGGCAACCCUCCCGUGUCCAACACCCAGGAGCUCAACACGGCGCGCGACAGCGAGAUCACCUUCGAGCUCGUCAGCCGCAUGGCCAACCUCAAGGACCCUGAGGCCGAGAGCAAGGCGCUGUUUGUCGAGACCAAGCGGCUGGUGCUGGCGCUGCUCAAGGUGCAGUCGGGCAAGACGCUGGUCGACGUGUUUGUGGCGCCCGUCACCGACGUCGAGGAGCUGCAGUGGGAGGAGAUUGUCUCGCUCGAGGUGGCCGCCGACCGGCAGCGGCAGCGGGGCCAGCGUCCGCCGCCGCUCCACGACACGGCGGGCGCGGCGGCGCGGCUCGAGGACGUGCGCAAGCUGUCGUUUGCCGAGCUCAAGGCGCGCACGCUGGAAAACAUGCUGACGCUGGAAAAGAUGGGCAAGGUGUCGCGCGCCAACGGCUACCAGGACAUGCUCAACGCCAUCGCCAUCGACAUCCGCAACAAGCACCGCAAGCGGAUCCAGCGGCACAAUGAGAAGCUGGCCAUGAACGUGACGCUCAAGAACCUGGGCGAGAAAAAGAGCUACCUCGAGGAGCAAAUCAACAGCUACCACAGCUACAUUGACGCGAGCAUGCAGACGAUGCAGAAGAAGGGCAAGCGGCGGUUCGUGCUUCCCUUUACGCAGCAGUACUUCCACCUGCGCAACCUCAAGGCGACGGGGCGGGUGCCCAAGUUUGGCUCGUACAAGUACACGGCGCAGAAGCUGUUUGAAAAGGGCGUGCUGCUCAGCAUCGACGGCUUCUCGACCAAGCAGUACGAUCAGAUCAACCUCACCAUCUCGAGCGACGAACCCGGGCUCUUCACCAUCGAGGCCAGCGUGCUCGGCGUCAGCGGCGGCAGCUGCGACCUGCGCAUCGAGGACCUCCUCGAGGCCCAGUUCAACCACCAGCAGACCCUCGUCCUCAUGGACGGAAUGGCAAAGGUCAACUUGAACCUGAUCAUCCACCUUAUCAACAAGAAGUUUUACGCCUGA